CGCACACACGCAGUUCCAUCAACGAUCACUCUCUCCCUCCUUUAUUCCUUCCUCCUUCCCCAUUAAGAUGAAACUCCAUCUUUUCCUCCCAAUCCUCCUCUUUUGUCUAGCGCCUCUCGCCGCGCCCUUCACCGUGAUCCCCUCGGACUCCGGCCUCGUCGACACCCCACAGAACGGGCCGAAGAAUGGGGCCCGGACCGACCCCCGGGAGCAGGAGGCCGUGUACGACGUCAUGCGCGCCACGGGGAACGAGUGGGCCGCGGGCAUCGUAGACGUGUGCCGGGGCCGGUGGCACGGCAUCGAGUGCAUGCCCGACAAGCAUGGUGUGUACCAUGUCGUGUCGCUCUCGUUCGAACUGUCGGAUGACACCGCGUUCCCGACCUGCGACCCAGCCUGGUCCUACAUCUCACCGGCCGUGACCAGGCUGCCUCACCUCAGGACCUUGUUCUUUUACCGCUGCUUCAGCUACAAUCCUCAGCCGAUCCCGGCAUUCCUGGGCAAACUUGGCUCCACAUUGCAAACUUUGGUGCUUAGGGAAAAUGGGCAUGUGGGUCCAAUUCCUAGUGAAAUUGGGAACUUGACCCGCUUGAGGGUCCUUGAUCUCCACAAGAACGACCUCAAUGGUUCGAUACCGGGUUCUCUGGGUCGGGUCGCCGGUUUAAGGUCGCUCGAUUUGAGCGGAAAUAAACUGACCGGGUCGAUACCGGGCUUCGGCUUCCCGUCCUUGAGUGUGCUGGACCUGAACCAGAACCUCUUAACCGGUCUGAUCCCGCCGUCCCUAGGAACAUGCCUCUCGUUGAUCAAAAUCGACCUCAGCCACAAUUACCUCACCGGUCCUAUCCCCGAGUCGAUCAACCGUCUCCGAGACCUCAUUUUGUUGGACCUGAGCUACAAUGGCCUUUCGGGUCCAUUCCCCGAGUCGCUCAAGGACAUGACUUCUCUCGAAGCACUCGUGCUGAAAGGAAACCCGAUGGAAUCCGUAACCAUACCGGAUGACGCCUUCGCUGGUAUGAACGUUCUAACGAUUCUAGUACUAUCAGACAUGAACCUGCACGGACCGAUCCCCGAAUCGCUAGGCCGGUUGCCGAGCCUGCGCGUGCUCCACCUUGACCGGAACCGCCUGAGUGGCUCGAUACCGGAGAGCUUUUGGAACUUGAGGAGCAUCGCGGAGCUGAGGCUGAACGACAACCAACUGACGGGUCCGAUCCCAUUUGGGAAGGAGACGGUCUGGAGGAUGAAGAGGAAACUGAGGCUCUACAACAACUCAGGACUCUGCUACGAUGCGGGCGGCGGCUUCGAAGAUGGUUCGGGCUCUUCUCAUGAUUUGGGCAUCGGCUUGUGCGAUGCCGCCGCAGCAAGAAGCGGGUCCGCAAGAACCGUGCGACACACGUCCGAAGGAAACGAUGCCGAUGGGGACAUGACAAGAACAGCUCAAGCGUCAUCGUCUGUCGGAGCCCACUGUCGUUCUCUUCUGGUUUUGCCUCCGUUUUUGAUAGCUUCGAUCGUAGUUAUCCCACUUUUCUCGUAAAAAAGUCUUUUAGGCCUGUAUAAUACAUCGUCAUACUAUUUUUAAUUGUUUUAUGAAGGCGAAGACUGUUGACUUUUUCCUAGAGAAGUAGCAUCUACGAACAAUAGAGUCUUCAAUUUCGAAUUUUGGUCUCCGAUAUGACAAUAAAAAUCAUAUGAGAUUUUUCUUUUCAAUA